AUGUCCCAAGUGGAGGACGGUUCACAUGCUUCGAUGUCGUCCCAGGCAGAAGGAAACCCGCAACCUCCAGCAUCGUCCCUAGCAGUGGCCACGUCUGAGAGCGCUCGUCAGAGACGGAAAAUUGCUCAAUUAGAGGAGAAGCUGCAACUACUCGAGUCGGGGCAGGCAGCGAAGCAAAGGGAGACCAACUACUGUGUCUCCAAAGGAAGAGCUAUCAGAAGAAUUGUUACCCUAUAUGAUACUAUCGAAGACUUGAUUAAUGAGAACGAUAGGAGGUGCGACAGCAGCGAUGACGAGGUGACUCCCGAGCAAGAUCGCUUGCAAAUGGGAUAUAUAGCCCUCAACAACGCGCUCCCCUGGUUUCACCAAAAGGCGACAGAAAUGGAGUACGACGACUAUAUGCAUAUGUUAAAAAAGCUUAGGCAGGGAGCGGACAGUGCUCGAGGAGAUGAUACCUCCAAGCUCAAGAGUCUCGUUGCCGACUGGGUCAAUCGGGAAUUCAAGCCAAAUCCCCCAGUUGACCGCGAGGAUAAAUACUGUCGCGGAUUCGUCAACGACGCAUGCGGCCAACUGCUCUGUCCGACCGAACUAGACUGGAACAAUCCGACCGUCAAAGCAGGAAUUAGGGAUCGUGUUGAAGGUCACAUUGUGACGGAAAUGUCUUGGCCGGUAUUUCUCUACCAAGGGUAUACUGCUGAUGCAAACAACCUGGAGGAGGGUCUAUUUAAAAGCAGACUUUUGGUUCAGGCCUUUAAAGCCAUAUUUACCUCCCCCUCCUCCGCAAAGGAAGUGGCCGGUGACGGCGAUGGCGCCAACAUCAUUGAAAACAACAGACGCGCCAAGAGAGAUAUUUCUGGCAAGAGAGUCAAGACCCACGUCGCACAAAUAAUUAAGAUGCAUAAAGUCUCGCCUCGGUCAAUCGCUUAUGUAGCAUGUCAAUUGCGAUUUGCAUUGUCAUCGGUAACCUCGUGGCGCUCGAUGGACAAUGACUUCGACUAUGUCCAGUUCUGGUACAAUGUCGUGGACUUUUUUGAAAGAGCCCCUGGUCGAGCAGCGCAACGCAAUGUUGACUGUCUCCUAAAAUGGUGGACUAGGAAGGUCUUUGGAACUAGUCAUCGCGCGGAACUCAGCGACACGGCGAAGGCUAAGAUGUCUGUAAAUGCUCUCGCUAUGCAGAGGGCGCAACGGGACGACGCCCUUUUCGAUUCAGACUAG